AUGUUGCCUCCAUCAGACUCUUUGCGACACCAUCUAAGUAAGCUCGCCGAAGUCCGGGCAAAUCGCAACACUUCUUCUAUAUCUACGUCUGCCUCUACGUCCACUCUAGGCACAGCUCCACCCCCGUACACGUUGUCUGUGACCAGACCCAGCGGCACAACUGUCAUGAGCGUGGAUCAGAACGACAUGGACGAGCCAUGGGCUUCCCCAAUCAAUAUUUACAUUGACAACUCGAUCACCAUAACUGGUGACGAAAACACCAUCAUGGUGUCGCCUUCUGGAGUUGAUACUCCCACUGAUUCAACUCCCCAGGAGGCCCCAACAUCCCCCCGUAUUAACUCUAUGGCGGCUGUCAUCAUCGCUGCGCUGAGCCGCGCAAAUGCCCUGAACGACGAUGUGGGCUACCCCCGGCCCAUCAACAUUCGCGCUCUCUCGGGCAUCCGGGUCAACGGCCGAAACAACAGCAUUUGCGUCGGGCGCGAGGCUCGCAGGUCUGAGAAUGAGACUGACAACGUCGGCGAAGAACGAAGCGGCCGCAAGCGUCGUGCCAGCUCGGAGCCUUUGGGAGCUCCGCCGACUCAGCGCUCCCGGCUGAGCUCAAGCGAUAAGUGCCAUGUUUCAGAAGUGAGGUACUGGCUCCGUGGCAGUUUCAAUAUCUGCAUUCCUAUCUCUAUCCAGAACAGUAGACAGCAACCAAGAAAACGGGUCAUACUCCGAUUUCCGCUCCCCUACCGUAUCGGGGAUGACUUUAGGCCCGGGAACGGGGAUGAAAAGAUCCAAUGUGAAGCUGGGACCUAUGCAUGGCUCCAGCAGAAUUGCCCGGAUAUUCCAAUUCCACGGUUAUAUGGCUUCGCGUUGUCUACAGGUGAAACUUUCACAGAAUUGGACCAACUGCCCUUUCCGGGCCGUUGCUUCCAAUCCCUACGCCGCCGGCUACUAAACUGGUUUUGCCUCCCAGUACCUUCGAACUAUAUCCUCAAUCCAAAUCAGACGGAAGCGCUUCCUGGUCGCGUUGCUAGUGCUGGAUACUUGUUGCUACAAUGCAUCGAAGAAACCCAAGGGACAAUGCUUGCGAAUACAUGGUCCGAGAAACAACAAGACAGCGAGUUACGGUGUAAUUUCCUCCGGGACUUGUCCAGGAUCUUUCUGAGCCUCAGCAAAACCCCCCUGCCUCGCAUUAGUUCAUCCAUCAUCAACAGGGACGGGUUCCUAACUCUAAGCAACCGUCCUCUCUCGAUGGAACUUCAGGACCUCGAGAAUGAGAACGUUCCAACCCACAUAUCCCGUGACUAUACAUACAACACGGUUGAGUCUUACGUGAUGGAUAUCCUAGGAGCCCAUGACAGUCGUCUACGAAACCAACUAAAUUCCGUGAAUGACAUACAUGAUUGCGUUUAUCAGAUGUCAGCACUGGCAGCAAUGCGAACUCUAAUUCCAGUGUUUUUUCGUCGAGAUUUGUGUCGUGGGCCUUUUGUUCUCACACUUACAGAUCUCCACCAAAGCAACAUUUUUGUUGAUGACAAGUGGCAUAUCACUUGUCUGGUCGAUCUGGAAUGGGCUUGCUCCCUACCUAUCGAAAUGGUCGCACCUCCUUACUGGUUGACUAAUAAAGCUGUGGACAUGAUCGAAGCCGAUGAAUUUGAUGAAGCUCGCAAGGAAAUGAUGUCUAUCUUGAAGAGUGAGGAGACACAAAUGUCUGGCAGUAUCCUGUCAAAAGAGGUCGGGAGCACGCCAUUACUACUAUCAGAGGUUAUGGAACAAGCAUGGAAAACUGGAACAUUCUGGUAUUCCCUGGCACUUUCCAGCCCGACCGGCUUGUUCCAUCUGUUUUAUUCGCAUAUUCAGCCCUUGUUGUCCAAGCAUCGCUCCGAUGAAAUUGGUGAAACCAUGCCCUUUUACUGGGUAAAAGACCUGCCAAGAUUCGUGAUAGGCAAACUUGCUGAUAAGAAGAGGUAUGACAUUGAGCUUCAGCAGGCUUUCGCUACAAGCAUCUCUGGCGAUGAACAAAGCACUGCUCAAUAA